AUGGUUUCACCAAAAAUAAGUGCAUUGCUUCUAUUCACUUUGAGUGCAUUACUAUCAAAAGCAAAUGCCGAAGAUACAACUUCCUAUGAUGGCACCACAGUAGUGACUGUGACUCCUCAAGCCACUUCUACUACUACCGUACCACAAGUAGUUGAACAAAAUGGUGUUGUUUACAUUUGGACUAAUGAGCAAGGUGUAUUGACCACCACCACUGUAUUUACCCAAACCACCACCUUAGCUGAAGCUGAAGCCACCCCGACUGAUGAUACUACUUCAACUGGUGACAGCACUACCCCAACUAGUGAUCCUUCGAAUAGCUCUCCUGUUGCUGUAUCAACUUCUCCAACUACCACCUCAUCUAUAUCAACAUCUUCUGGUGCACCACCAACAUCUUCUACUCCACAAGAGACAGGUGAAAGUUCUUCCACUGCGACAGACAACAAUUCAUCUGUACAAAAGACCUCGUCAUCUGCUCCCGAUAGUUCAUCUGCUCCAGGUGCUUCAUCAACCACAGUUGCACCUGGAAGUGUCAUUGUUAUCCCAACCGAUGUUCCAGAAGGAGAUUAUUCAACCUCAACCGUAACUUCUGAAACUGUAUUGGACAAUGGAUCAACCGCAGUCUUGGAAUUGGUUGUAUUGUACACUGCUGUCUGUUCUGCCUAA